AUGGCCGCCCCUACCCCAGACGCACCCCAGGGACCCACGCCAGAAGCGCUCGCCCUCUCGGCGUCCCUCUUUACGUCGUCCAUCGCUGCGUGGAUCCCCGCCAAUUUUGGUGUCCCCAAGUCUGAAGUCGACAAGUCGAAGGAAUUCGACAGGGCCCUCAAGGAAGAGCGUGGGGGGAGACUCGGUCUGGGACAUCCAUCUAUUGAUGACCCCAAAAGACUAGCUGCGUUCAGCGCUGGCGGCGGUGGGCUCGCCAGCUUGAGUAAAAAGCUCGGCAAGGAGAAGAAGGAGAAUGAAGGCGCCGAGCAGCAAAAGGGCAAAGGUGGCGACGAUGAUGAAGAGGAAGAGUCGAGAGUGAGGUCUGUGGGAAAGACAAAGAAGAACACUGCCCAAGACCUCUUUGGGGGCAAGAAGAAGAAGAAGCCAGAGGCGCCACAAGUCCAUCCUCUUGCACGAGCUCAAGCUCUCUCUGUCGUCGAGGCUCCUGCCAAGGCUACCACUCCUGAUAUCAAUUCCCCUCCUACCACACCCGAAUCACCGGUCUUCCCGGGGCACGUUGAGCUGUCACCGCCAUCUACACCCCCCAAUCACAUGCCCACAUCAUCACCUGGUGGUUCGGGCAUCUUUCCCUUCCAGGGCCCUUUCGCUCUCGAAUCUCCUCAGGCCAAGCGCUUGAUGAUUGAGAGAAAAGAGAGGAAGAAGAGAGAGCUCGAAGAGGAUGCUGAAGGAUCGGGAACGGAGGGCGCAAAGGGCUCGAGAGAGGAGGGCGCGUCGCCUCAGAAGAGCAAGUCCAAGACUCAACUACGGAGGGAAAGUCGAAAGAAGGCCAAGGUUGCCAAGGGGCUAUGA